AUGGAUGCACCAUACGAGAUCGCGAUAGUAGAUGACUGUGACGCACCCCGGACCCCUUCAUCUCGAAGUUCUUCUCAGGAGUCUGCGACACCCGCCGGAGUCCCCGUCCCCGAGCUGAAGGACGGUUUUUUCGGAUACAACGAAGAGAAAACCUUGCAUCAUAUCGAGGAGAAGCGCUGGGCACAUCGUCGUGGUUCUGAUGCUGCAACGGCGUCAAGGCCUGUCUCUGCAUUGGGCUCUCCACGCUUACCUGCGGAAGCACAUCUGGAUAGCGGUUCCUCUUAUGUGGGAAAUUUUAAGCUGACAGCCAUCCACGAGCCUAGUCGUCCUGUGUCGGAUGGUCCUUCUGAAAAUCGCUGGGCAACAGCCCAGAUAUACGAACCUGCAAUAUCGUCCGAAUUCACCUCAAUUAUUGAUUCACUCCGGAAAUGUUUGGAGCUUCGCGACAAGUACAUGCUUCGUUCAGGCCAGAGGCUAGGGUUCAACCCCAAAGACCACGAUGGCGUGUUCACUGGUCUUGAUGAGACUAUCGCGACUGUGUCUGGUGUUAUUCCGGACGCAGAUUACGAGUCGCAUUCGCCGCCGAAAAGCCAGUUCCAACCAUGGAGAAUAUACCCUAAGCCCCCUCCGCCUCAUUGGCAUUGGAAAGGCAGAAACACUGUGAUUCCUAGCCAAAAUCUGCUUGAGGAAUCAAGUGAAGAAGAGUUUAGUUUUGAAAAAUGCGAAACGCCUGGUCCGGAUACCUGGCGUUUUGAGUUAGAUGAAAGAGGAGUUUACCAAGUCUUCGACAAAGCAGACGAUCACACGCCUGCAUUUGAUAUACCAGGCAUCAGAGAGUAUUUCAUGGAUCUGGAAUAUGUUCUCGGGGUAAUCUCUGACGGCCCGACGAAAAGCUUUGCAUUUCGCAGAUUAAAUUAUCUCGCGAGCAAGUUCACGAUGUAUGGUCUGCUUAACGAGACACAGGAAUUGGCAGCCAUGAAAAGUGUCCCUCACCGUGAUUUCUACAAUCUUCGUAAGGUUGAUACACACGUCCAUCAUUCUAGCAGUAUGAAUCAGAAGCAUCUUCUCCGGUUUAUCAAAGCAAAAAUGAAACACAGUCCUCACGAUGUCGUUAUUUUCCGCGAUGGCAAAGAGCUAACCUUGGAAGAAGUGUUCAAAUCUUUGAACCUUACGGCAUACGACCUAUCCAUUGACACCCUGGACAUGCACGCCCACCAAGACUCUUUCCACCGCUUCGAUAAAUUUAACCUCAAGUAUAAUCCGAUUGGAGAGUCAAGACUGCGAGAGAUUUUCCUUAAGACAGAUAAUUACAUCGAGGGGCGAUACCUGGCGGAACUCACUAAAGAGGUUAUGAACGAUCUUGAGCAGAGCAAAUAUCAAAACUGUGAAUGGCGCGUGAGCAUAUAUGGACGAAAAGCAGAUGAAUGGGACAAUCUCGCAAGAUGGAUCGUCCACAACAAGCUAUAUUCUCAUAACGUUCGCUGGCUUGUCCAGGUACCACGACUUUACGAUGUCUAUAAACAAAACGGAUCGAUCGACACAUUCGAGGAUAUCGUCCAAAACGUGUUCCGACCUUUAUUCGAAGUGACACAAGAUCCAUCAUCGCACCCAGAGCUUCAUGUCUUCCUUCAACGCGUCGUGGGGUUCGACACUGUGGACGAUGAGUCGAAGAGCGAGAGACGAUUUCAUAGGAAGUUCCCGUACCCUAAACUAUGGAAUGUAAAGGAGUCGCCACCAUACUCUUAUUGGGCAUACUACAUGUUCGCCAAUAUGGCUAGCCUAAACAACUGGAGGCGUGCUCGAGGCUUCAAUACUUUCGUUUUCAGGCCGCAUAGCGGAGAAGCUGGGGACACUGACCACCUAACCGCGGCCUUCCUGACAGCGCACUCCAUUUCGCACGGAAUCUUACUUCGUAAAGUUCCUGCGCUCCAGUACCUGUUCUAUUUAAAGCAGAUCGGUCUUGCCAUGAGCCCUCUGAGCAAUAAUGCACUAUUCCUUACCUACGAACGCAACCCACUUCCCGAGUUCUUCAAAGUCGGUCUCAAUGUCAGUCUCAGUACUGAUGAUCCUCUGCAGUUCCACUUCACGAAAGAACCUCUCUUGGAGGAAUACAGUGUGGCUGCACAUAUCUAUAAAUUCCCUCAAAGUUCUCUCGCAGAGCUCGCGCGCAACUCUGUGAUUCAAAGUGGGUUUGAGAUGGAAAUCAAACGUCAUUGGCUCGGACAACACUGGUAUCUCCCUGGAGCUGCUGGAAACGACAUCCACAAGACGAACGUUCCGAAUCUGAGGCUCGAAUAUAGGCGUCAAACUCUUGUUGAGGAGCUCAGAAUGAUUGGUGCCACCGGUGAGGCAUUCCCACCUGAUACACAGUAG